AUGCGACUUUCAGCUGGUCGUACUACAGCAGAUACAAAAGGCAAUGUCAUCAUUCAUUUGACAAAUGAAGGUAUUCUCUACACUGAAGCAGAAUGUCCGAAUCAAACCUUAGACUAUUUUAUACCACGAACGUUUCUAGACGAAGGAUUUGAUUAUGAACAUAUUAAUACGAAUGAUUUAGCUGUAAGAAUAAAAACCGAUUGCACAGGACCUUGCAUGUCAAUACAAGUAACGCGUCUCAAAUGUAAUAGCGUUAUUCUAAGUGUAUCAGCUUCUCAUUGUUUAAUGAAUGCAGAAAGCAUAUCACAUUUCAUUAAUACAUGGGCUUCUGGUAAGCCACCAGAAAAGAUGCCCAUGCUCGACAAAACUUUCAUCUUAUAUCCUACUGAACAACGACGAAAACGGAUAAAUUCUCUGACUCGACCAAAAGACUGUGUUUUCAAUCGAAAUAUCAAUCCAUCAUCUGAUACACCAUCAAGUCAAGCACAAUUACAACGUGUGAUUUCUAAAGUUUAUUUUUUCUCUGUUGACGAGUUAAAUAAUAUUAAAAAAGAAGCAUCAAAAGACAUAUCAAAAUCAGUUGAUUACAUCAGCACCUACGACGCUCUUUAUGCUCAUAUUAUUUUAGUGAUUGCAGCAGCCACUCAAACUUCAUUGACUGAUAAUAUCAAAAUUCUACAAUCGUUCAAUGGUCGAACAAAUUUCGUUUCUUGUUGUUCACCAACCGUUCUCAACUACUUUGGUUCAUUUCUAUUUUGGCUCUACGGUGAAAUACCAUCAGAUCGGGAGCCAACUCUUUCAUCAUUAGCAGAAUUGAUUCAUGAAAUGUAUUCAAAACAAUCGGAACAUACAUUAAGAGAAUAUAAUACUUAUUUAAUGAGUGAUGAUGGUGAUAUAAACAAAAAUUGA